CUCUUAUCUGGCGAGCGCGGGUCAUGGUCUUCGGACCGUGGCGGAUACUAAAAUAAACCUAUCUCCUGCUCAUCUCCUGUUCAAAUAGCGAUCAAGGACAAUGCCGACCCACAAGCGCCGGUGCAGCUGCCUCUCUUGCUCUCUCCUUCGUCGCUAGCACUAGCAUGAGUUCAGAAAGCACCAUCGAGAUUGAGGUCGGUGGACCAUGGCUGAAGCUCGAUCCUCCUAUGGUCCUCGGCGAAGCACCCAUCUUCCGGCCUUCGGACAACACCCUUCACUGGAAUGACUGCCUUGACAACCCUCCCGAAAUCCACAUCCUCCAACUCGACCCCAAAACUGGUGAUGCUGCAGGAGAAGUACGCACGCUCAAGCUCGCCGACAGCGUCACCGUCCAGCUCUUCCGCCGCGACCACCCGGGAUCGUACAUCUGCGCGUACUACCAGGGCGUCGCAUUCCUUGACGAGGCCACGGGAGAGCUCGAGAUCGUGAAGGAGAUCAUUCCGACGAGCGACCGGGGGAUCCGGAGAUUCAACGAUGGUGGGGUGGACGCUGCAGGACGCUUCUGGCUAGCGGAGAUCGACGUGAAAGCCAUGCCAUGGGGCGCGGGGAAUAUCCCGAAGGACUACACACCCAUCGGGCGACUCUGGCGAUACGAUCCUGAUGGGACGCUCACGCAGAUGGAAUCUGGACUGGCGUGCGGUAAUGGGAUCGGUUGGAGUCCGGACAAUAAGACGAUGUACCUCAACGACUCAGUUUCGCAGAUCGUGUGGGCGUACGACUUUGACCUCCCGACUGGAAACCUGAGCAAUAAGCGUAUAUUCAUCGACCGUCGCGAAGCAGGCGGUGAGCCAGAUGGCAUGGUUCUAGAUUUCCACGGAAACCUCUGGAUAGCCAUGUGGGGCGCACACAGCGUGAUGUGCUUCGACCCGACCGGCAAGCAGACCAAAACCAUCAAGUUUACCGCGAAGAACAUGGCGUGCACGACGUUCGGCGGGCCGAACUACGAUGAGCUGUAUAUCGCGAGCGCGCGGGAUCGGUCUGCGACCGCUGCAGCAGACGAUGAUGGCGGGCAGAUGUUCAGGUAUAAGGUGGGAGUGAAGGGGUUGCCGAAGUAUGAGUUUGCAGGGUAGGGGACAGUGGACGGCAAUGAAAUGAGAAUUUGGAUACAUGAGCCUGCAGUCGU